AUGGAACCUGCUGACGACACUCCUCAAGAGAGCAUUGAGGUCAGCUCUGAUACUCAAGCUCUAAGCGAACCCCAACCACCACAAUAUGCAGAGCAUCCACAAGGAGAAGAAAUUGUGAGACAGGCAAGUUCCAUCUGCUCUUCGUUCACGCUCAUCAACUUUCAGCUCAUACUUAGCAGGNUUGAGUACUACUUCUCCGAUGAGAAUCUUCCCAAAGACAAAUACCUUCUCGACAAGACCGGAGGCAAGGAGAACAAGCCUGUCGAUCUCAAGAAAAUCUGCGGAUUCCCCAAGAUGCGCAAGUACAAGCCUUACAGAUCUGUUGUGGAGUCCUUGAAGAAGAGCACAAUGCUUGAGGUCAUCGACAACAAGUACAUCAAGCGCAGAGUUCCUCUCGCCAUCGAGCCCACCGUAACCCCCGAGGAGAUCAAGGCGGCAAUGGAAGAAGAACAGAAGAAGAAGGGCGGCAACAAGCCUCCUGCUGAUCAACCAUGGAUGACAAAGGGAAUGGUCAGUCUCUUGAAAUCAUAUACUGCAGAGACGAUGCCUGACCUUGCGUACAGANUGAAGCCCACAGGCUUCGAAGAGUUCUACGCGGAUGCACCUGUUACUCCUGCUGCAUUCGAAGAAGAGCAGUCGCUCUACGACAAGUAUGUCUAUUCGUCAGGCUCUAUACACNGUAUUGAGACGGCCAUCCAGCGUUACCGUGCUCGACGCAAGUUCCAUCAACAAACUGCUCAGGUGUUCAACAAGUUCAUGAGCUAUGGUGGUAUCGAGUCCGGCCCCAAGAUGUUUGGUGGAAGCGACAACAAAGAUUUGGCUGAGAUGGAUGCUGCAGAGAUCGCUGCAGUGACCGCUGUGCAUUUCGUCUCAGAGGACAUUCUUUACACCGACAGAUGGGAGGUAGACUUCGCUGGCGUGGCAAAGGGCUUUCUCGCUUCAGGCCAAGCCGACAUUGCAAGAGCCACUAAUGUUAUGCGCAACUUCUACAACUACUUGCUGCACCACAACGUCUGCCCGGAGUUUGAGAGCCAGAUCCAGGCCGCACGCAAGAUUUGCGAUCUUGCAGAUGUGGAGCUUUUCAACGUAGUGGUUGCCAACGAGAAGCUCCCAGGCCCUUACAACACAGCCGUCUCGGCUACGCACGGUGGAACUGUCGCAGGCGUGUACAGCGGCGAGCAGGACUGGGACGACGCCGGUACCAUCAACCGUACUCUACAAGACUGCCGAGACAUUGUCAAGUUCGCUGUCUCUGCGUACGGCUCUCAACAGCAAUAUGAGAAGGUGGCCGAUGUGGGCAAGUUUCAAACCGUCUAUCAGGAACAGAUAAGCCUGGAAGUGACAAAGGUUGAAAUGGCCGACGAAGCUACGCGUGCACUCUAUGAUGCAGCUCGGGAGAAGAAGCCAUUCCUUGUUGCCCUUGGCAAGCUUCAUUGUCGUCGUUGGACCUAUCCCCUCACACCCAACUUCGAUCAUUCGGACGAGGCGCUCAGACGACAGCAGACCGAGCACACAAUGGUUCUGUGGGUGGAGGAGGACCUCUUGCAGUACUGCGCUGUGGGCAUGAAGAUUGAAGGAGAGGUGCGCGAGCUUGACAUUGGAAUCAAGUGGCUGGACAGUGUCCGUGCCAUCAGUCCUUCGUUCUUCGAAUGGCUUCCAAACGAAUUCUACAAGGAGGAAAAGGUUCUGAAGGCCGAGAGCGAAGCACAGCAGGAUGACAACCAGAUCAACCAGGCUUACAAGGAGGAGAACGAGGAUGCUGCUGAGGAUGUCGUCUCUCAGAUCGAGAGCGCUUGA